UGUCCGGCUCGCGCCCCGCGCCGGGAGCGAGCGGCGCCGGCAGCCCCGAGGAGGAGGAGGAGGAGGAGGGGGCGGCCAUGGGGCUGCUGUCCCAGGGCUCGCCGCUGAGCUGGGAGGAGACCCAGCGGCACGCCGACCACGUGCGGCGGCACGGCAUCCUCCAGUUCCUGCACAUCUACCACGCUGUCAAGGACCGGCACAAGGACGUGCUCAAGUGGGGCGACGAGGUGGAAUACAUGUUGGUAUCUUUUGAUCAUGAAAAUAAAAGAGUCCGGUUGGUCCUGUCUGGAGAGGAACUUCUUGAAACUCUACAAGAACAGGGGGAAAGGACAAACCCAAACCAUCCUACCCUUUGGAGACCAGAGUAUGGGAGUUACAUGAUUGAAGGGACCCCCGGGCAGCCCUACGGGGGAACGAUGUCCGAGUUCAACACAGUCGAAGACAACAUGAGAAAACGCCGGAAGGAGGCCACUUCUUUACUAAAAGCACAUCAGGCUGUUUGCACAAUUACUUCAUUUCCCAGAUUAGGCUGUCCUGGGUUCACGGUGCCCGAUUUCAAACCCAACCCGGUGGAAGGAGGAGCUUCCAAGUCCCUCUUCUUCCCUGAUGAAGCCAUAAACAAGCACCCCCGCUUCAGUACCCUAACAAGAAAUAUCCGACACAGGAGAGGAGAAAAGGUUGUCAUCAAUGUACCAAUAUUUAAGGACAAGAAUACCCCGUCUCCAUUUCUAGAAACGUUUCCUGAGGAUGAUGAGGCAGCAAAGGCUUCUAAGCCUGAUCAUAUUUACAUGGAUGCCAUGGGAUUUGGGAUGGGCAAUUGCUGUCUUCAGGUAACGUUCCAAGCCUGCAGCAUAUCUGAGGCCAGAUAUCUUUAUGAUCAGUUGGCCACGAUCUGCCCAAUUGUCAUGGCUUUGAGUGCUGCGUCUCCUUUCUACCGAGGCUACGUGUCAGACAUUGACUGUCGCUGGGGCGUGAUUUCCGCGUCUGUAGAUGACAGAACUCGGGAGGAGAGAGGACUGGAGCCACUGAAGAAAAACAACUAUAGGAUUAGUAAAUCCCGGUAUGAUUCCAUAGACAGUUAUUUAUCUGAGUGUGGUGAGAAGUAUAAUGACAUUGACUUAACAAUAGAUAAAGAAAUCUACCAACAACUGUUGCGAGAAGGCAUUGACCAUCUGCUGGCCCAGCAUGUUGCUCAUCUCUUCAUUAGAGACCCACUGACGCUGUUUGAAGAGAAAAUACACCUGGAUGAUGCCAAUGAGUCUGACCAUUUCGAGAAUAUUCAGUCCACAAAUUGGCAGACAAUGAGAUUUAAGCCCCCUCCUCCAAACUCAGAUAUUGGAUGGAGAGUAGAAUUCCGACCCAUGGAGGUUCAGUUGACGGACUUUGAGAACUCUGCGUACGUGGUGUUCGUGGUACUGCUUACCAGAGUGAUCCUUUCGUACAAGCUGGAUUUUCUCAUCCCGCUGUCAAAGGUUGACGAAAACAUGAAAGUUGCACAGAAACGCGAUGCUGUUUUGUGGGGAAUGUUUUAUUUCAGGAAAGAUAUUUGCAAAGGGGGCAACGCUGUGGUGGAUGGCUGUGGGAAGGCCCAGAACAGCACAGAGCUGGCCACGGAGGAGUACAGCCUGAUGAGCGUAGACACCAUCAUCAACGGGAAGGAAGGUGUGUUUCCUGGGCUGAUCCCGAUUCUGAACUCUUACCUUGAAAACAUGGAAGUGGAUGUAGACACCAGAUGUAGUAUUCUGAACUACCUAAAGCUGAUUAAGAAGAGAGCAUCUGGAGAACUAAUGACAGUCGCCAGAUGGAUGAGGGAGUUUAUCGCGAACCAUCCUGACUACAAGCAAGACAGUGUAAUAACUGAUGAAAUGAACUAUAGCCUUAUUUCAAAGUGUAACGAAAUUGCAAAUGAAUUAUGUGAAUGCCCCGAGUUACUUGGACCAGCAUUCAGGAAAGUAAAAUACAGUGGAAGUAAAACUGAGUCUUCCAACUAGACCUUGUGCAGAGGGACGACUGCAUUACUGUCCCAUCGAGGCACUGACUGCAGUACUCCAGCCCUGCGCGUGGUGUGAAGACCAAAUCAUAGAACCGCACUGUGUCCUGAGCCCAUCGGCCAGAUGGGUUUAGAGGCUGCCUUCAGUAGGUGAACCUAGAGUUUAUACAGCGUACAUGUACAUAGUAAAGUAUUUUUAUGAUUAACAGUGUAUUUUAAUAACAUUGUAUCUAAAGUCAUCGUGAACUGGCAUGUACAUUUUUCACUUCUUAACUCUGGAACAACUACUGUCUAAACAGUUUUGUAAAUGUAACGUACUGGUCAUUGUACUAGACCUGCAUUCCAGAGUUGACAAUGUUGACUGUAAAUUUUUGUUUUUUUUUAAAGACUUUACCUGGGACCUGAUUCACCGAAAUUGAUCGCUUCAUUAUAAAACCAGUCUGUCUUACUGACUUUCUCUGAGUCAUCUCCUUUCUUGCGUACAUAGAACCACUAUGCCUCCUCCAAGGCGCUCCUAGGGUGAGCUUGGGUUUCUGGCACCUUAUCGAUGAUGUUUCUUUGCAAUCGGAACAGCUCACCCCUUGGUCCCCCUGCCCCAAGCUUUCACCACUAAAUAAAACCCAUGAACU